AUGCUUUCCCACGCUGGUUCGCUGCUCAUGCGGCGCGACAACAUGCCUGCGCCAAACUUGGGCCAUGAGAUCAGUCAACUCCCUGACUGGUCUGCCCUCGUCUUUAUCGCCAACUUCCUCAUCUUCCUCCCUGCUUUCCUUCUUAUCAACUACACUUUCGAAAAGGUCUUCCCCGUUCUCGCUAUCGUCGAAGAUGAGAAGCCUCCCGUUUACGAACCUCUCGCCGUCGAGCCCCUCGACAACGAUGAUAUGCCCAAGCCCGCUGCUACUCGUCCCGCUAUCAUUGCUGGUCACGGCCGUCCUGUCACCUCUUCUUUCCGAGCUACAUGGAGCCUUCUCCGAUCGACCGGUGGCUUCCGAGCUCUCUUCCGCGGCCUGCCUUGCUUUAUCGUCCAGGGCCUUGUGACAGGACUCGUAAACGGCAUCAUCUACACCAUGGUCCCCUAUUCUUUUGUCCUGGCCAACCUGAUUAGCGCCCUCAUCUGCGUUCAGCUCAACACUGCCUGGGUCCACAUCGUCAUCACGCCCGCCUCUCGCCAGAGCUUCUGGAGCCGCCUUCCUCCAUUCAAGUCCACCUUCAGCGCCACCUGGAGGCCUACACUCAUUUUCUGGGCUGCUUCUCAGAUCGUCAGCCUUGGUAGCGUCGGCAUCAUGUUCCUUCUUGGCCGCGAGCAGGAUAGCGAUGUUUCUGAGGUUCAGGGUCUUGGCAGCGUUGCUGGUAUCUUGCUCGUCGCUAUCAUUCUUCAGGUCGCCGUUCAGAUCCCUGCCUACGUCGUUCUCGUCCGCGUCCAGGCCUCUCUUCUCCCUGUUGAUGCCGACACCAUCAUUCCUUUCGACCGCUCUUUCAACGGCCGCAUCGAGCCCGUUGUUGUUGGUGGUCUCGGUUAUGCUACUGUCCGUGACGCCUGGUCCAGCUUUUCCAAGUCUGCCUGGCGCCGUAUUGUCAUGCUCAGUGUCAAGAUCGUUGCUAUCAGCUUUGCAGUCAUGUUCGUUAUGGCCUGUGUCAUCAUUCCUCAGUUCAUUCUCCUGGCUUCCUUGGGCGCCUCGAACGACGAUGGUCCUGGCAACCAGGACAUCAAGAUGUAA